AUUUGUUGGAGAGGUGUUUAUUAACAAUGGGAAAGUUAAAUAUGGGAAGUAGUCAAACGUAAAUUAAGUGACUGAUGAGAUCAUUUACAUUGUGAGUGCAUUCGGUGUUAAUAUGAGUUUGUGCGCUCUCCACGCUCCGUAUUGGUACGCUACUUGCGUUCCGAUACUAUGCGUCAAUACUAUAUAGAACGAGUGGUAGAAGGGGGCCUUGACCCAGCGACAUAUAUUUUGGGAUUAUGAUAGAAACCUCAACUACAUAGAACAUUAGCUGUGUGUUAAGAUAUGUCUAGCUAUUGAAGCCGUAUAGAAUUCCCGGAAUAGUAGAAAAUGUGACUAGGCCAUAAAAAGAAGGAAGAUCUUCGGGCCUAUAAUACAAUACAGUGGUUAAUGCAUAAUGCAAGAUACUUUCAGUCGGGACCGAAUGUUGUGAUUUUGCUACAGCGUUGUUUUUAUGGAGGAGGCUGAAUCAGUGUUCUAGGCGAUUCAUCCGACAGGAUUAAGUAACAACUCCCUGUAUCAUAAGCAGCUAAAAUCGUAUUUAGGUUGAUGCGAUUAUAGCUCAUACUUUAUCAGCAUGUGGAAGUGCCGCUUUCGAGCGAACGAAGGUCGGGAUUUGGUACGCGAGCGGAUUCGCGCUGACGUUAUGGACUUCGUAGCCUUACCCACAACGGUGACAGGGGUACGCUAUGAUGGUCACCGUGAACCCGAGAGUACGGGGCUUCACAAUGACAAUUAUCGACCAGUCAGCAAUACGGUUGUGCCCAAAUGCCCUCUCAGGAAUUUUGCUACAGGAACGAUAAGUCCAGCGGGCUCGGAAGCGAGUCUAAGCUGCCCUAGAUCGGAGUACGCUAGGUCCGCGAUGCCGCUUUCAAUACAUGCCCCAUCUACUCGUUGUACCGUCUAUGAUGACAUUGACCUCGAGGCUGACGAGAUUGCUCAAAAACUCAAAGAGAUGCAGUUGAAAAAGGUCUAUACGGCUGUUUUGGAUGAUGAAAUAGACGUCGACGAUUCUCAGGAUAAGGUAUCACCAUUUUCAAAAAUGCACUACUCGAACGUACCGUCCCUGGUUCUUCGCCAUUCACAAAUGAGAUCAGUACCAUCGGCGGACGAAUACGCUAAAAUGCUUGAGAAAUACGGAAACAUCGUCGGAAAAAGCAGUCUGCUCUAAAAGUCACAUAAUUAUAAGACUUUUUCAUACCAAUAGGCUAAUGAAAUUGAAAUAUUUUUAUCCUUUAUAUGGAACUCUCAAUUGGAAAUAAAAAUUACUCGUUUCAACUAGCUACACGAAUUACAGGUUGAAAUAAAUAAAAAUGAACAAAUAUACGUGUAAAUUUUACUUUUGAUAUUACUGAAUGCACAAUGAAAUUUGUACUUGAUUUUAUAAGGUACACAUAGAUGUACAAUUUGUUAACUUAUAUAAUUAUCAAUGCAUAAACCUAAAUGGGCGCUAUUUAGGUUAAGUAAGACCCAUAUUAAAAUCAUAAUGCCUAAUUUUUGCUAUUUUUUAUUCAUGCUUGUUCAGGCGCAUUCAUUUACUAGUGACUUAGUCAACACAGAACAACAUUGUUUUUGUCUUAAUUAUGAUUCAAGUAGUUGAAUACAUUUUGUUGUUUGUUGUAAAUCCGCCUCCUGUAACGUCGAACGAAUGUAAAUAAAUAGAGAUAAUGUACUAAUGGAUCAAACUAGAAAUCUUCUAAAUUGCUCUAGUCUGUAGAUUUUUGAUAUGAAUAAAAGGUUCCACUUGUGUUUAGGUAACAGAGUUGCUCAGACGCGAUCAGAGUCGACUACUGCAGAGCACCGAACAGUUCUUCUGACAGCCAGCUCAGUCAUAGCUGUGUUAAUGAGGUAUUGAAUCUGUGCUCAACGACCUAGCCACGUAGCUCCAUGACACAGCUUAGAAUUUCUAUCCGAGUCGUCAGUCCACAGCUUCUCUGUACAUGCAUAUUAGGAGUAAAGCGAAAAUAGAAUAGUUUUGUCAGUCAGCGCAUUGAUCACAGCUUGCUCUCGCCGUUGGAAUAACAUGAUCUUUUUCAUAUUUUACAUUAUGCUUUCGUCGAUAAACACCAUCGUUCUGUUUGGCAAGCACGAACGAAGCGAAAGGGCCCUGCGCUGACUUUCUCCCGUUUGAGGACGGUCGAAUCUCUCUCUCUCCUGGCCUGCAAAAGGUAAUAGGCGGAUAACAAGCAACCCAUUCACUGCACGAAUAACUAAGGCUGUUCUAUAAGAUCAAUUGAUGGAAUAGAAAUAGCAUCGCUUUGACGAAGCACUCGUCUUAUCUUAAUGGAUAGAAACAGAAUUAUUUGUGAUUCUUAUUCGAAAAACCUUCAUUUCAUAUACUUUCUAGUUUGCGUAGAAGCGUGCUCUUAUUUAACACGCAGCGCAGACUCUCGAAACUAGCCUUCACUCAACUUCGAUACCAAAACAGCUGAAAUAAGGUGUUCUGCAAUCAGCGUUAUCAAAAUAAACGGAGCAAUAUACACAGAAGAAGUUCUGUAAUCAAAUCACACCAAUAAAACAAUCCAAACGUGUGAAAUGUGACAACGUUCU